AUGGAAGAGAGAGACGCACGCAGAUUCUAUAGCCGUUAAUCGUCGCAGUACUUUAUGUCUGUCGUCAAAUGUAUUGACAUCGAAUACUCGAUAUUCUUGUGUGCAUUUCACGUGUUCCUCUUCAGUGAUGGAUUUGCGUCUGGACCUAGCGAAAUUCUGCGUUGUAAUCUUUCUGACACUCGAUGUGGCCUCUGUUCUAUCCACAGGUCAUACGUCUACUCCUACUCCAGUUUCAAUCCAGGACCGAUAUUCCACAUUUGAUUCAGAUGAGCAAUCGGUAUCAGAACGCAAAUGUCAGGAAUUUAUAGAAGAACUUGCUGGCGUGAUCUGGGUAUCGUCUUUGGAUGGUUCCAAGCCAAGUGCAACCAAGGUGGUUAAAAAUUGCGAGGGUACUGUGAAUCAAUUGGUGAUUGGUGGCGAGGAAACCCGUCCUGGCGAGUUUCCUCACAUGGUCGCUCUGGGUCAACUAUUUCCCCAGUUCGAGUUGUUUUGCGGCGGCACAUUGAUUUCUCAUACAUGGGUACUUACCGCUGCACAUUGCACUCAUGGAAACAGCGGUGGUCCAACUCACGCAAGGAUAGGCUUUCACAAGUUAACGGAUACAGCAGGCAUCACGGUUGCUAUCAAACGCAGUAUAAGACAUCCAGAUUAUGAGCCACCUGCGAUGUAUGCGGACAUAGCUUUGAUACUGCUCAUGAACCCCGUCACUUUUAGCAAAUUUAUUCGACCCGCGUGUCUUUACCAGCAAUAUUCUAUUCUACCUAGACAGGCUUGGGUUAGUGGUUGGGGCGUCACUGAAUACAGCGGAGAGCUGAGUGACAGCCUGCAAAAAGGUCAAGUGAAUUUGGUAGACAAUUUACAAUGUAGACAAAAAUACGGGACUUCCCGAGCAGUUCCGUAUGGAGUUACACUGACUAUGGUCUGUGCUAGUGGUAUUAAAAACGACACAUGCGAAGUAUAUUUUGAAGGUCCUCUGCAAAUAAUACAUUCUAAUAGCAAGUGCGUCUUCCAAAUAAUCGGCGUCACCAGUUUCGAUGAGGGCUGCGCGAUGGGGAUCCCCGGUGUUUAUACUAGAGUUUCCCAUUAUAUUCAAUGGAUUGAAGAAAAUGUCUGGCCAGAACAAUAGUAAUCGUUACUUGUUCCACUUUUACAAAAGCGGAUGCAUAAAAGGCGCCAAUACCAGCUGUCUGGUUGUCAGACAAACCAUCGUCGCCAUCUACCGACCAACAUGAUUGUUAUGAUAUCUGCUGCUGUUACAUAUUAUUUUUCACGUUUUUAUAUGCUGGUCUGUGUUAUUAUCAAAGUUGGGUAGUUAAAAAAUGAAACGUUAAAUAAUAAAGUUAAAUAAUAAAAAACUUAA